AUGGCUGACGUUCCGAUUGUCUCCCCGCACCCCGCACCCACAGAAACAUACAACACCACAUCGUACGAUGGAGAAAGCUUACUUAACAAUGUAAAGUCUCAGAGUGCGAAUGAUUGCGGUCCCUUGACCGAUACCGGUGCACGGAUCAUAUACAGUUACGUUGGUGAGCACGAGUCCCAAGGCGCUAGGUGGGAAAGAUUCAGGCGUAGAGCAUUCGAUAGGGUCGGUUUAUCGGGGGUCCAGCGGUCACCAUUCAGGUAUAAUCGAAGAAAAGCUCGAGCUCUGUGGGUCAAACCGGGUCAAGUUAGGCCUUCCACCCCGUAUUCCCACAUCAAGAGGCAAAAAGAGGAAGCAAGAAAAGGAAAAUUACUAACGCGAUACGCACGUGGUUCUCCUAUAGCUGUCAUAGUCCGGAAAUCCUUUCACUCCGAGCAAAUUAAGGGGCUUGGAGUCCUCGCGGAGUGUAUACUCAAACUAAACACCAGUAGGAAGCGGAGAGGCGGCCCAAAAUACCACGUUAACCUAAAGCAACAGCCGUCUCUCCCCUCCCCAUCUGCAUUCUACCGCCCCAUAGAGCGACUACCGCGACGAGAAGGCAAGGUGAAUAUUGCCAAGUUGGUCACAGACCAUCACUCGUGUCUCGGCGCAGGACUUGGUGGUCAAGUUCUCGGUGCAUUCCUCUAUUGCCUGCGGAGUUAUAUCACCACCCGAGAUGCGACCCUCGAAUUACAGCAGCAUAUAAUAGCUACAGUUAAAGAGAUAGUACACCAGAUUUUCUCUCCCCAAACUUCAGGGGGCUUGGGGUCAUCGUAG